UCUCAUGUUUUAAAGGUCGAAACGUUCAAAAGUAUAUUGAACUUACAGAGAAUCAGAAAUCUAUAAUAAUUGGUAGUGAUGACGCAUGUGGAAAAGGAUAUAUUGAUAACGAGGUGUUUAUUGCCCCAUUUCACUGUUUCGUCUAUUUACGUAAAAAAGAAAAUCAACAAGUCUGGGACACUUUUAUUCAAGAAAAGACUAUGAAUACACAAAAAUAUGUAACCUAUGUCAACGAUAGUAAAUUAAAAAUGCGCGGAAAACAAUUGUUGUUUAAUGAUGACGUAAUUAAACUCGGAAACAAUAACAACCAACUCAUGGUUUUUGUGUUCCAUGAUGAAUAUAUGAAAAGAGUAAAAGAAAAGGAGAUAGAAGCGCCAGAAAUAUAUAGCGACCGAUUCAAGAACAAAUAUGAUAUAAUUGGCGAGGGAGCACAUUCAGUGAUAUAUCGUGCAAGUGAUAUGAAAAAUAAAAAACAUAUCAAGGAUUGUAUUUGUAAAAUUGUAAAAGAAUCAAAGAAUGUUAACCAAUAUACUUUUAACAAGUUAUGCCAAGAGCCAAAAUUACUCCAAUCUUUGAGUCACAUCAAUAUCAUAAAAGUUCUUGGAUUCUAUAUUGAACCGGACCGACUUCUGAUUUGGCAAGAAAUGAUGUACGAAGAUUUAGAAAAAUAUAGAAGUAAAGUAAAGAGUGUUAGCCAAAAAGAAUACUAUGAUAUAUCAUUCCAAAUAUUAGACGCGUUAAAAUAUUUACACGAAAAGAACAUUGUACAUCGGGAUUUAAAGCCAGAAAAUAUAAUGUGGGUAGAUAAAGAACAUUCCAGACUGAAGUUAAUUGAUUUUGGAUUAGCUAAAUAUUAUAAUAUUGAAACGUCUGAUAGAGAUAUGACAUUGUGUGGGACACCUCAUUAUACACCUCCAGAAAUACAUCACGCAUUAAAUUCUGAUGUUUAUAAAGUUCAUGAUCUUUACAAACCGUCAGUUGACAUAUGGGCUUUUGGAGUUAUAUCAUUUUUAUUGUUAUCUGGACUCUAUUCACCAUUUUUUAAUGAGGAUGAGGAUUAUAGGGGUGAUUUAUUACCAAUCAAUAUUAUCAAAAGAACUAUUCCGAAAGAACCACUGAUGAAAAAAAAUAUUGAUAAAUUAUUAAUACAUCUUAUCACUGAUAAGAUGCUAUUACAUGAUCAUAAAAAGAGAAUUACAGCUAACGAGUUAACUGAAGUUUUCAUCUAUAUAGGGCGAUCAUUAGGUUAUGGUGAGAACUGAUCGCUGCUUUCUUAUAGUUUUUACGAUAUAUAUAUAUGUAUAUAUUAUAUUAAAAAAAAUCCAAAAAAAAAAAAUAAAAUUAUAAAGUAUUAUGUGAAUUGAGAGUUAAAAAAAAUU